GAAUGAACUGUUGAGUGGGGCCUUUCGUCCUAUGGUUUCUUAUAACAGGAGGUUUGAAGCCAGAGGUGUCUGAUCAAAAUGCCAGAGGUGAUGGCGGACGGUGGGAGGAGGCUCGUGACACUUGACGACCUCAUCGAUGCUUUGGACAAGCGCGAGAGGGCGUUAAGCAAUGUCCCAAAGGUUGAGACAUUCCACUUCAAGGGGGAUCGAGUAUCUGACAGGUUGGACCUGAUAGAGCAGGCGCUGGUAGGAUUGUCAGAUGAAGUCAAGCUCCAACGGGCCCUAAGGUAUGUCUUGCAUAGUCACCAUCGGGAAGUAAGUAAGGUCGUGGACGCCACGAAUGGCAGUUGGAUAAAGUUUGGGGACCUGAUGCGGAGGAAGUAUAGACUGGGGGAUGACCUGUUGACCAUGGCCAACUUGGAGGCCAUGAAUAAGGAAGACUUUUCUACCAUUGGGGCGUUUGUGCACGAAUUUAAGAAGAAGGCGAGGAAAGUGCACGGGAUUUCAGAGGAGGCGCAGUGCGCCACAUUCUUGGGAUUGCUUACGGGCUCGGAGGCCGCAGAAUUGACAAAGCAUGGGGAAGGGAAUGAGAAGCUCACCUGGGCAACUAUAGACAAAGGAGUGGAAGAAGGGAGCCUGGACCAGGUGGAGGAGCACAAGAUGCGGCUGCAAAGGCGUAAGAGGAAGGAAAGGGAUGCUACUGCAUCCGGGACCCCAGGGGUAAAGAGAAUCGUCACGGAUGUGUUGGCAACACUGCGGACCUUGAUGGUGGAGACCAUGAAGAGGAGGCAUUGCGCAUAUGCGUUUAACGAUGACGAGCGUGGGAGGUUGGACGUGGAUAAGAUUCCAACGAUACGAAUCCAUAUCGUCCCACACGAGCCGUGGAAUCUGAGGGGCACGCGAUAUCCGAAUCCGGAUGAGGAGAAGAAGGUGGUGGACUAUCUGGACGGGAAAAUGUGGACGUACGUGGCAGACUACUCCAGUGGACCGUAUGCCUCCCCUUGGUUUUGCUUCAUCAAGCCGAACGGGACGCUACGGUGGGUGCAGGACCUGCAGCGUUUGAAUGAGGUGACGGUGCGAGACGCGGGAGGAUUGCCGAACGUGGACGCCCUGUCAGAGUCAUGCGCAAGAAGGCCUAUAAUUUCACUUAUAGACCUUUAUUCUGGGUAUGACCAAUUUCCUCUAUACCCGUCGGACAGACCGGUGACGGCGAUGCAUACGCCGAGGGGGCUGAUCCACAUGAAUGUGGCCCCUCAGGGGUGGACUAAUGCGGUGGCGAUGGUGCAAAGGCACACGGUUAGGGCCAUACAGACGGUUAGUCCACAUAUUACCCAGCCCUACAUUGACGAUCUGGCGGUCAAGGGUCCAAAGGAGAGGGAGGAAGACGAGGUGCUGCCUGGAGUAAGACGGUUCGUCUGGAAGCACAUCCAGGAUAUCGAUAAGGUUCUGGGCCUGCUGGAAGAGCACAACCUGACGGCGAGCGGCCCCAAGUCGAAGCAUUGUAUGAGGGAGGCCACGAUUCUGGGCUUCGUCUGUAAUGAGAAGGGGCGGAGGCCAGAUGUGAAAAAGACGGACAAGAUCCUAGAGUGGAGUUUCGUGAAGGACUUCGCCACCAAGACGGAGCAUUUGAGGAAGCUGGUGCGUCAGGAUCAGGAGUGGGUCUGGGGCGAAGACCAGGAGAAGGCUGUGGAAAGGAUGAAGGGAGAGUUCAUGGAAGGAGGCUUGGUGCUAGGAGCGCCAAAUUAUGAGGCCACGGAGGAAAGGCCAUCCGUUGUCAAGACGGACGCUGGGCCAACUGCCUUAGGAGGGGUCCUGAUUCAGGCAGAUGAGGAUGGGAAGGAGAGGCCACUAAGGAGGCUCAUUUUGAGGGUGGACCCUACUGCGCUUGCGUGUUCCCUGAAAAGUUAUACUCCAUCUGACCCAACCAUCGCGAGGUGGUUGACCUACAUAUGGAUGUUUAACUUUGAGCUGGAGAGGAUUCCAGGGGACAAGAACAGAGCAAAUGGGCUGAGCCUUGAGUUUCGGCGGAUCACGAGCGAGGAGCUGAGGCCGUCUUCACCGUCGCCAUCAAGGUUGGAGCUGGACAUACCAGGGGAGACGCCAUUCCGGAGCUUAGCGACUCACCUUGAUGUAUCUCGAUGGGAGGCCUCACGGUUGGGAGAGGGCUCAGCUGAGCCGGUGCGCUAUGUACCGUUAGAGGAGCCUCUGGACCUCGAGAUUGAGACGGACAUGCGAGACCAAGAGGGGCCGCAAGGCCCUGGGAUGGCAGUUGAGCAGCCAGGUCCGGUACGGCCUCAAGAUGAGGAGGUGAUCACGGUCGGAGACGAUACCCCUCCAUGCUCCCCAGCUCCAGAGCCAGCACAACAUUCACGGCCAGAGGGGAUUCCUGAGCCAGACAGUGAAGAAGUUCCGGAGUUUCCCCCAAAGACCACUGCGGUGCCUGAGCAGGAGGCAGAGAUGGAGAACGGUGAGCUCAGGGUCAGAGAGAUGGAGGUGGAGCACCUGACUACUCAGCUUGCCGAGGAGAGGGCGAGGAACCAGGCCAGAAAGAUUGAGUGGGAGAAGAGAUUUAGGGAAAUAGCAGCAAUUGUGGACAGGCUCUCGGCAGCCUGGGAGGCUAGCUGGACGGGACGAGUCGGUGCCGAUGGCCAGGACCGAGGGAUGCGGGCUUCGCCAAGCCAGGGAGCAGCGGUGGGGGCCCCUCGGCAGGCUGGGCCAAUGGGGGAGGUGCCUCUGGAUACGGCCAAAGAAGAGGGUGGCACCCAGGAGUCACUUAUGGCAAUGUCCACGAAGAGAAGAGACUCAAUUUUGCAUGAGCUGGCAGCAGCCAUGGGGAUAGGUACACCGCAGGAGAGGCCUCAGAGGCUUGAUACCCCAGGCUACACCCCAUGGCUGGGAGAGUUGAGGGCGGAGUUGGGCUCGUGGGCCACAGAGACGGACUCAGGAGGACCUGACUUAGGGCGGGAGCAGCAACAGGAUAUCGUGAGUGAGCCGGCCGCCGUGGCGGGCUCGCAACCGUCAGGAUCAUGUGGCGAUGUGGAGGCGACGGAGAGGCCUCACGAGGAGAGACCCCGAGAGUUGGGCACGCCAGGCCACGAGUCAGUGAGCACUGCCGUGCGAGGGGGUGAGAACGCUGAGGCUAUGGAGUCCGAACCUCGGGGCCAUAUGGGGGUACCAUUAUGCCACGAGGUGACCGCCGAGACCAUGGGGACGCCGUCAGCAUCGAGCUCCAGGGGGAGAAAGAAGAAGACUGUCAGGUGGCACGAUACCUCCUGCUUUUGGUGCAAGGAGGAAGGGCAUAGAGUCGUGCACUGCCCAGAGCUCCUCGAGGAUAAGGCCGAGGGGCGGGUUGCAGAGGUCGACGGCAAGUUCUAUGACAGAUAGGGUAGGAUAGUGGAGCGAGCUCCAGAUGG